AUGGACAGUGACGACGAGGAUCCCGACUCACUGACUGCAAAGCAGAAGCGCCUAGCCAUGAUCAAGCGUGCGAUUGCGGCGUGGGAUUUGGUGACGCCCGAAAUCGUCCGCAGCAGCUUCGAGAAAGCGCUGGCUUUUGGGCCAACGACUGGAGAAUAA